GAUCCGCGCCGCCGCCGCCGCCCCAUGGCCGCUCCGCGGGACCCGCCGCCCCCAGAUUAUGCAGCAAAAGAGCCAGUAGAGGAUACAGAUCCGAGCACUCUUUCCUUAACGAUGAGUGAAAAAUAUCCUGUCCAAGAUACAGGAGUACCUAAAGAUGAGGAAUACCUAACAGAUCAAGUUACUUUGGAAAUUGCCUCUGUGAACAUCAGGACUCUUACAUCAGAUUCAGGCCUAGUUCAACAGCCAGAAGAGAAAGACUCACAAAACCAUACUGGUGAAUCACUUUCAGAUCUCAAGAAAGCCUGCAAGGAAAAUGGCACCUGCUCCUUGUGCUUAUUUCGUGCUCCAACCAUCAGUGACAUGCUCAAUGAUGAGGACUUGUUGUACACUGUGAGGCUAAAGCUGGAUCCCUGUCACCCAACAGUGAAAAACUGGAGAAACUUAGCAAGCAAAUGGGGGAUGACUUACGAUGAAUUGUGUUUCCUUGAACAGAAGCCGCAAAGUCCCACCUUGGAGUUCUUGCUACGCAAUAGUGACAGGACUGUGGAGCAGUUGAUUGAGCUCUGUAAAUUUUAUAAGAGGAUUGAUGUUGUGAAAGUGCUACUGAAGUGGGUGGAGGAAGAAUGGCCCAAGAGAGGGAACAGAACUUACCAGAAUGACUUCUAGGUCAAAGAAAAUUGUUAGUCUGUAUUGGUUAAAAGCUGGGACUAGCUGCCGCUAGUAAAUGGGAAGCUUCCCACUGCCAGAGAAAGAGCCUGUAUUGACCGUUUGUAUACUGUGUGAACUUUAUGUACUGUAUACACAUAUAUAUGCUCUCCACCGUCAGGGUUGCAAACUUAACCUCCCCAAAGUAAGCUGAAUAAGGCAGGUUGUAUUCUGGAGUCUACAAACACCUUCAGUUUCUUUGCUGCAGUUUGUAGGCUUCCUAAGCAGAAGAGGAAUGAAAAAGCCAGACUACUAAUUUUACUGCAGCAGUUACGAACAAAGUCAGUUAUGUGCUACUGCUGUGCUUUUCAUAAUGGAAAGCUAUGAUAAGAAGGGGAGUCUCUUGCCCUUGCUGGCAGCCCUUCCUCAGUUUUUGACAUGUUCAACCUAGUACAUGAUGAGUGUUUUCUUUUUUUUUUUCUUUCUUUUUUCCUUUCUUACUUUUAAGGAAGCUUUAUGACACCGGUUUUGGCAUAUGAACACCUGUGUGUUCCAAGCAGCAGUUUGGAUUUGCAUGUUCCAAUUAAUUUAAAGUUUGAACAUCAUGUUCCAGAAAAUUAAGUUCUGAUUCUCUUUUAUAAACAAGAAGAGACAUCGAGCAAAGUAAUUGCAUAGUUUUACAUCAUUAGGACAUAGAUUUGCUACAGAAGAAAUCAUGCAGUUCAGAGAAGCUUUCCAGCCCAUAACCAUUAGGGAUAAAAAAGCAAUGCUAAAGCAAAAAUUCUUUAGACUUAAAAUUAGCUUCCAAAAUGUUGAAGAAAAUGCUCCCCUGGGUAUUCUUUUCUAUCUCAAAUGCCUCUCACUUUGCAGUGGGAGUAGAUAGCUAAUGCCUCGCCCAAAGUAUAUGCUUAUUACUGACUACAACUUUCCUGUUUACAAGCUAUGGUUUUCUUCAAGAGAGCACAACACAGUCCUGCAGGCUGAUGUACUUUCUGUCUCACACCAGAGUAGUUGCACACAUGCAUAGAACUAACAUAAGUUUAUGUAUUGAUUAAAGCUACUGUAAUGGGAAUUCACUUACAGUCGUGGCAGACUGUUCUUAAAGCAUUUAAUGGUAAUUUAGACUGACAAGGAUUACGUCACUUUGGUACUCUGAAUUAUAAUGUUUACAUUUAAAAUAUUUUUAGAAAUCGGUCUUUUUGUACCAUUCUACUGAGUUCUAAUGUUUAAAAGACCUCUUGAAAAAUCAGUGAUCUAGUGGGCUGUAUAAAGUACUUUGCUGUAAUGCCAUAAGAAUAAGAAAUGUUAUGAACUAAAAAUACUUUUAGUCGUUACCCUUACUAAAGCAUGCUGGACAAAGCUAAUAUGUACUUAAGUGCAUAUACCAAAACAAUGGACCGUAUGCCAAGAUGUGGGGCAAACUAGAAUGGGAUAUAGGUUGAUGCGCUGUUUAGUUUCCUGAAGUAGAAAUGACUAAUUAAGAAUUAGUAGCAAAGCUAAUGGAAGUCAAAGUAGGGUUAUAUACUGAGUUCCUUACUGUAAGCAAAAAAGAAGUGACCUCUAGUAAUACUGUAGUAUAGAUAUUGUGGGGAAUAGUUACAGAGUAGCUAGAAGUAAAGAUUAACAUUUUUCAAUGUCAGGCACUAGUUCUGGGGGUUGACAUAAAUUAGCUUUACUGCAAUUACUUCAAGAAGUUGAAGACCUUGCUUCAAGGUGAAGAAAGCCCUAAAUUUGAGAUUUGAUUUUUUUUUUCAAUUUAAAAGCUUGUGGAAGACUGUAAUUUUCGUUAACUUUUUUUUAAUCAUUACUGAAAAAUGCUGCCACACUUUAGAACAGAAUGAUUUUUUUUAGCCAUAUUUUUAAAUUUAAAUUGCACUGCUGUAUCUCACAGAGGCUGCAGUUCAGAUGUUUAUGUUCCUCUCUUGGCAGCAGGGGUCUCCUGAUAGAAGCCUAUCAACUCUCACUUUUGCAAAUAAUCUCAUUUUGGUUGUGAGCUCUGGAAUCAGCUUUGAGGAUAACUGCUUUGGCUGGGCUGCCUGCUAUAUUUCCAGUACCUACGGAGGCAUCCAAAUGCAUGUGUGCAAAUAGCUCAUACACAGCUAGUCCAGCUGGAUGCCCAUACUUUGGGCCUACCAUACGCAUGAUUUAGGGCAAUGUGUCCGUGCUAAGUUGCUCUGUUUAGGGAUGAGUGUUUGCAGAUGUGCCAACAGCUUUUCUCUCCCACAGCUAUAUGCAUGUGCUAUACAGUUUGCUCUGCUGUGGUAGAUCCUGUCCAGCAGGGAGUCUGGCUGGAGCCCUCAUAUGAGGACUCACAACAGGAACAUGAAAUGAUGCAGGGACACUUCUGAAUCAAGAAGCUGUUUAACUGAAAUAUGCCCCUCUUUCUGGCUAAAACCUGUAAUAUUUUGAAGAAAACCCAUCAUCUAGUGAAAAUGAGUUCUAAUUCCCUGUAGCUCUUAAAAUCAAUAUAAGCUGCAAGGAUUCAUCUCUGCUGGAAAUAAAGCUCCUUCUGAGAGUUCAUAUGUGGAUUCUGUGUAAAAUCAGCACUGAAUGUUGAAAAUGUUAGCUUUAAACUUCAUUACACACUGGAUUGCUCAUUAGUAUACUUGAAAUGAGCUUUUUUUUUUCCCCUUUGUAUGGCAUGAAUUGAGAUGUACACUUCUUCGUUUUAUAUCUUUUUACAAGGUACCGGGUCUAAGUGUCCAGUUUAAGUGUUCUUAUAUCUCUUGUCAUUAUGUAUACUGUAUUUAGAAGAAAUAUAGAUGGUCAAUGUUUGUUUUU